AUGGCGCCACUGCCGCUACUGCCGCUACUGCUGCUGCUCCUGUGUGUUGUUCCGGCAGCUAGCAUCCUGCAACCGGUGGAACCAACCGCCCCCCACACACCACUCGGUACGGUGGUGGGUGUGGUGCUGCAAACCGCAUUCCUGCGCCCCUACACCACCACCCUCGUCACCCUGCACAGUGAAACGGUGGAGGGAAGGGCGGUACUGCAGGCACUGCUGUCCGAGCUGCUGCUCCAUCAUGUGCGCGGUCAGCUGGUGGUGCAACUGUUACGCCCGGAAGCCUCCGGAAGCCACUGGCACCGAUGGGCUCCCCCCCGGACCCACUGUUUACUGUUGGCCGAGAGUUACGGAGCGCUGCGGACGGUUUACGAUCGGUUCACCCACCACCGGUACGAUGCAUCGGGGUACUACGUGAUCGUACUGCACGCCAACGACACCACCCUCGCCACCGUCAACAGUCUGUGCAACGAUUUGUGGGCACGCGAAAUCGUUAACGUGGUGAUUGCGAUCCGCCACCAGCCCACCGAUACCAUCCAGCUCUGGACGUACGUACCGUACUCGCCCGGGUUGUGCCGCGUCCCGAAACCGGUCCUGCUGCUCCACUGGCCGCAGGAUACCGCACUGUAUGGGGUGAAUUUUUUCCCACGUAAAAACCUUCGCUUCUACGGGUGCCCGUUGCGCGUUGGUGCGUUCGAGACGCGCCCAUUUACGAUGCUGCUGCCAGCAGGGACGGGAACGGGGUGGCGGCUCGGUGGUUUCGAGGGUGAUCUGCUCGAGUGUCUCGCCCGGAAGCUCGAGUUUAGCGUCGAUCUACGGGUACCGCCCCGGGCGCAACAGUGGGGCCGGGCCGCGUACGAGAACAGCACCGGGCUGAUGCGGAUGAUCUACACGGCCGAGGUCGAUCUCGGUAUCGGGUGUCUCGGGGUGUCGUACGAGCGGAGUGUGAUGCUGAAACCGGGCAAGGUGCACUUCACGACGACCCUGGUGCUGGUGGUACCGCCCGGCCGGCCCUACAGCUCAUUCGAGAAGCUGUUCCAACCCUUCCGGCACACCGUUUGGUGCGUGACGGUUGCGUACGUUGCCGUUGGGUUGCUGAUCGCGGCCACACUCAACCGUCGCACCACACCGGCCCUGCUGCAGCGUGCAUUCGCGGGCACCACCGCGCCAGCGCUCAAUCUGGUGCGCAUCCUCUUCGCCAACCCGUUGCCCCACCCACCGGUCACCUGGCUGUCGCGGACGUUGCUCCUGCUGUGGAUCGGCUGCUGUCUGGUGUUGCAGAUGCUCUACCAAGGCUCGCUCUAUCGGUUUCUGCAGCGCACGAGUGGCCGGCCGCCGAUGGCGACGCUCGGCGAGAUCGAUCGGUCCCGGGCCGCAUUCCACAUCAGUGAUUCGGCCCGGCGCUACUUCGAACCGUACCCGGACCGGUUGGCGCGCCUGCGCUACCUACCGACGGUGCCGGACAGCAUCGCGGCCCGGUUACGGUGGGUCGGUCAGCAUCCGGACGAUCCGGACGUGAGCAUGUGCACGCGGGACCACGUGGCGUACCACAAUCUGUGCCACCGGGCGGAUGGCCAGCGGCUCCGGAUUGCCCGCCAACCGAUCGCCCUCUACACCGUCACCAUCCUCUACCCGAAGCGCUCCAUGUUGACGGGCGGGUUUGACGAGCGGAUUGAGCAAAUCGUUGCGUCCGGGUUGCUGAAACGGUGGGCCUCCCGGUAUGGGGAUUAUCGGGGCGAUCGGGGUGAGGGUGAGAGUGUCCGGCCGGCUGGACCACCUGCCGCCACUGCUGCCACCCAGCCGGCCCCAAUCCAUCUUGGGCAGCUGCUCGGUGCGUUCGAGGCACUCGCCGCCCUGCUCGCCCUCAGCACGCUCGUCUUUAUCGUCGAACGGUGGCUUUAA